AUGGCUUCCAAAUCUCUCCUGAUGGCCGCCAACGCCGGGGCAGCUUGGGCAUGCUACACCUCACCUGUGCCCCCAGGGUUCACCUCAAACAACACAGGCGCCAUCUGGGCAUAUGUUGACUACAGUGACCCAGCUGUCGCUGUGAUCCCCGGCGCCUUCAACCGAUCGGUCUUCGACGCCCCUUUCGCCAGCGAAGUAUCUGAUGAUAGGCAAGCUUCAGCGAAUUCUUUCCUCAAUACGACCGAUUUCAUUGCCUACGACGAGCGUUUCUUCUCCAUCAUUGGACCUGCAGCCACAGUCACACAUGUCCAAAGGUUGAGCACCGCCAAUGUCCAUGAAGCUCCAUGUUGGAAUCCUGGCACUCGGGAGCUGCUUUUCACGGAACGGGGACAUCCGAGCCCAGAGAAUGGCAUCCAUCGAUGGCAGUACUUGCUCGGUGUGGAUAAUAACGAGUUGAGGAACAUUACCACCGUGCCACCCACCACCAAUCUUCACGGACCGGAAGAGAUUGGAAGGCUGAUCAAGAUCGAUCCCUCGACCCUUGAGACGACCGUGCUCCUGAACAACUUCUACCAGCAGCCAUUCCUGGGAUUCAAUGACCUCGACACUGACCGCGACGGCAACUUCUGGCUCACUGAUUCGGAUAGUGCUUGGGGCCGAGACAUCAUCCCAUUCAGCAGGCCGACACUUCCCUCCGUCUAUUUUGUCAACAGAUCCAACAUGCGUCCCCGCGUGAGCCACAUCACCGAUGGAAAUGCCAAUGGAAUCGCCAUCUCGCCUGACGGAUCGACCCUUUAUCUCCCUGACGCCGGCGUGUCUGAGAAAAAGCCAGUCGACCGGAAGAACCCCUACAACAAGCGUGACCUCUCCGCCUUCGACGUUUCUGCUACGGGUGGUGUUUUGAGCAACCGCAGGUUAUUGAACAACCCGAUCAGUUAUUUCUAG